GGUCCCACACCCAACACUCAACCGUUCUCAUAAAAGAAAACCAUUAGAUUAAACCGAAGAUUAGUUGAAAAGCGCAAACAAAUUUGAAAUUUUUAAAAAAUAAUUAACCUAACAACUACAGACAAUAAUCCUCUCCCCCUUCUCCUUCCCCUCUUAUAUCCAUCAAUGUCGGCCACCAAAUUCACACACUCUUCACUCUCUCUUCUCCACUUCACUUCCCCCACUCUGCUCUCUCCCAUCCAUCAAUGGCGUCUCUACUUCCCCACCUCCUCCUCCUCCUCGUUUUCUCCUUCCAGUCCUUCUCCUCUUCCCCGGCGGCAGCCGCCACCACCGCCACCGACAAGAAGACCUUCAUUUUCCGGGUCGAUUCCCAAUCCAAGCCCUCCAUCUUCCCCACUCACUACCACUGGUACUCCGCCGAGUUCGCCGACGCCCCGCAGAUCCUCCACGUCUACGACACCGUCUUCCACGGCUUCUCCGCCGUGCUGGCACCCGACUACGCCGCUUCCCUCGGCCGGCACCCCGCUGUCCUCGCCGUGUUCGACGACCGCCGCCGGGAGCUUCACACCACCAGAUCCCCUCAGUUCCUCGGCCUCCGAAACCAGCGCGGGCUCUGGUCCGAGUCCGACUACGGCUCCGACGUCAUCAUCGGCGUCUUCGACACCGGCGUCUGGCCCGAGCGCCGGAGCUUCUCCGACGCGAAUCUCGGCCCCGUUCCGUCCCGGUGGAAGGGGAUCUGUCAAAUCGGUGUGAGAUUCACCGCUAGAAACUGUAACAAGAAGUUAAUCGGAGCGAGGUUUUUCGUAAAAGGCCACGAGGCUGCCGGUGGAGGCCCAAUGGGCCCAAUCGGCGGGAUAAACGAGACGGUGGAGUUCCGCUCCCCGAGAGACGCCGACGGUCACGGGACCCACACAGCCUCCACGGCGGCAGGGAGGCACUCGUUUAAAGCGAGCAUGGAAGGCUACGCGCUGGGAGUUGCAAAAGGGGUAGCGCCGAAAGCGCGUCUGGCGGUUUACAAGGUGUGUUGGAAGGACGCGGGUUGUUUGGAUUCCGAUAUUCUCGCCGCGUUUGACGCGGCUGUUAACGACGGCGUCGACGUCAUCUCGAUUUCGAUCGGCGGCGGCGACGGGAUCUCGUCUCCGUACUACCUCGACCCCAUCGCCAUCGGCUCAUACGGCGCCGUAUCGAGGGGAGUCGUCGUUUCCUCCUCCGCAGGAAACGACGGGCCGAAUUCGAUGUCGGUUACCAAUCUCGCUCCCUGGCUCGUCACCGUCGGUGCUAGCACGAUUGACAGAAACUUCCCCGCCGAUGUGGUGCUUGGAGACGGGAGGAAGCUCUCCGGCGUCUCGCUCUACUCCGGAGCAUCUCUGAACGGGAAGAUGUUCCCCGUCGUUUACCCUGGAAACACCGGCGUGCUCGCCGCCUCGCUCUGUAUGGAGAAUUCGCUAGAUCCGGCAGCCGUCCGGGGCAAAAUCGUGGUGUGCGACAGGGGAAGCAGUCCGCGAGUUGCGAAGGGGAUGGUGGUGAAAAAGGCCGGCGGCGUCGGGAUGAUUCUCGCCAACGGAGCUUCCAACGGGGAAGGUCUGGUCGGCGACGCGCAUCUCGUCCCCGCCGCCGCUGUCGGCUCCGACGAAGGCGACGCGGUGAAGAAGUACAUCUCCUCCACGCGAAACCCCACCGCCACGCUGAAUUUCCGCGGGACGAUCAUCGGAAUCAAACCGGCACCCGUCGUGGCUUCGUUCUCCGGCAGGGGACCCAACGGUAUGAGCCCUGAAAUUCUCAAACCCGAUUUGAUUGCUCCAGGGGUUAACAUCCUCGCCGCCUGGACCGACGCAAUCGGGCCGACGGGGCUCGAAUUGGACACCCGGAAAACCGAAUUCAACAUCCUCUCCGGCACAUCGAUGGCCUGCCCUCACGUCAGCGGCGCAGCCGCCUUACUGAAAUCGGCUCACCCGGAUUGGUCCCCUGCAGCAAUCCGCUCGGCGAUGAUGACCACGGCGAACCGGGUCAACAACAUGAACCAACCCAUGACCGACGAAGCCACCGGAAAACCAUCCACCGCUUACGAUUUCGGAGCAGGGCAUGUGAAUCUUGACCGAGCAAUGGACCCGGGUCUGGUCUACGACAUUACCAACGAAGACUAUGUGAACUAUCUUUGUGGAAUUGGGUACAGUCCUAAAGCAAUUCAGGUGAUCACUCGAGUCCCCGUGAAAUGUCCGGCGAAGAAGCCCAUGCCGGAGAAUCUGAACUACCCUUCACUGGUGGCCAUUUUCCCCAGCUCGUCGAAAGGGCCGACGAGCAAGGCGUUCAUCAGGACCGUGACGAAUGUGGGCGAAUGGAAUGCGGUUUACCGGGUUACCGUCCAGCCUCCGAAAGGGGUGAUCGUUAAUGUGAAGCCGAGGACACUGUCGUUCACCGGCGCAGUGAAGAAGCGGAGCUUCAUCGUGACGGUGACAGUGGAUUCACAUCAUUUGGUGUUGGAUGAUACCGGUGCUGCGUUUGGGUCGAUUUCGUGGUCUGAUGGGAAGCAGCAUGUGGUCAGGAGUCCCAUUGUUGUGACUCAAUUAGACCCACUGUGAUGAUGAGGGGGAAGCUUCUUUGCUUAAAUUUGGUUAUGAAGACUCGAUCAAAUUGUCCUUUUUGAUCGAGGUGGUAGCCAUUAGCAUGUUAAUUAUAUAGUUUGGAUGGAGGUGAUGAAGGAGAAGAAGAAGCUUGGUUAAUGUGUUUUGUUUAUCUUUACCUCUAGUGUAGUAGUUGACGAAGGGUCAUGUUUUGACCUUUUGUUUUUAGUUUUAUGCAUGUAAUGUUUGUAAUGUAUGUAUGAACUUUUGACAAAGUUUAUAUAUAAGCACUAUAGCAGUGAAGUGAUAUCCCUAAUCAGCGGUCUGAUCAGAAACAUCUCUGAUCCGAUGAUAUUUUUAGAGGUAUGAAAUGGUUAAACUACGGUUAAAUUAUGGUUCUGCAUGCAUGAAACAGCUUAUCACUAAUUUUUCCAACACAAUCUCCAUUACGAACUUACAAUCAUCGAAUGGAGGUAUGAUUAAACUAUUGUCAAAACU